UGUGGCUGAAGUUACAAGAAACCAAAAUGCCGGCUUCGAUAAGCAUGGAUGAGAAUCUAGGAUUCCAGUCUGGACUUUCCAGACCAGGGCUGAAUCCCCCAUCAGUUCAAUUUGAGAAUGGAUUUUGUGAAGCUAGCUCAGAACUCAUCCGAGGUGGAUUGGGUGCAUAUGGAAAGAGAAUUUGUGGGUCAAGUUCUCAGUAUGUGCAAAGCAAUAUAUGCAAGUACUUCUCAGAUCCUCAAUACUACUUCCAAGUGAACGCUCACUAUGUCAGGAACAAACUGAAGAUAAUUUUGUUUCCAUUUCUGCACAGAGGGCAUUGGACGAGGAGAACGGAGCCAGUUGGAGGCAGGCUUUCUUAUAAACCUCCAAUCACUGACAUACAUGCUCCAGAUUUAUACAUUCCAUUCAUGACAUUUGCAACAUACUUGGUUCUUGCUGGCAUCUCACUAGGCCUCUCUGGGAAAUUUAGCCCGGAAGCCAUAAAUUGGCAGUUUGUGAAGGGGAUGAUAGGCUGGCUGCUUCAAGUGAUGCUGCUAAAGGCAUCGUUGUCUUCGCUGGGGGGCGGAGAGGCACCUUUGCUGGACAUGAUAGCAUAUACUGGUUACACUUUCACAGGGCUGUGUGUGGCUGUUCUAGGGCGAAUCACAUUGAGCUAUGCAUAUUACUUGAUAAUCAUAUGGACAUCCAUGUGCUCAGGCAUCUUCCUGGCAAAGACAAUCAAGAUAACUUUGUAUGCUGAGCUCCAUAGUUAUGAUGCAAACAUGCAUCACUAUCUCUUGCUUGGUAUCGCAUUUUCACAGUUCCCGUUGAUUAUCUGGCUCAGCAACCCUACUGGCAAUUGGCUUUCCUGAAUCUGCUGUUUCAAUGCAAAUAUGCUCCGUUGCUCAGAUCUUUAGUAGUAGCAGCAUACUGUCCCACUUGAAUGAACAUUUUGUUGUGCAUGGCUAGGACUUGAAUUCUUUUAAACCUGUUUGCAGGAGUUUAAAUGUA